AUGGCCGAAGGGAUCGACACUUUGCAACCCCUGUACUCGCGUUCGGAGAGGUUGUUUUCUGACGGCCUCUCUUUAACGCAGCGGAUGGGUCUCGUCAUAUUGCUCGACGAGACCCAGAACAUUUACAAUCAGCUGGGCACGAGGCUCUCAGCUGUCCCACGCCGGUGGAUAGCCACGCCAGCGGACGAGGUAACUCGUCUGGACGCCAUUCACAUCGCGGUGGCUAAAAAUACGCUCUACCAGGAAGCGUUGACCGCCGCUUGA